AAUGUCAUCUUUGUAUUUGGCGGGGUGCGAUGCAAUGCAUUGCUUGCAUUUGUAAUUUUAACCAAAGAACUUUGAUUGAACUUAAAAAUUGAGUAAUUUUGGAUAAACAGUCGACGGUCCCUCAUAUGAAUUUUCAAUCAUGAGAAAGAGGCAGUGAAUGUUAUUGGAGCUUUCAGUGAUAAUCAACAAACAUGAAAUUACAGUGCCAAAUAGAAAUAAUAAACAGACUACAUGUAAAUUUAAAUAUAAAAUGUUCUGGGAAAUAUUUAAAGUCUACUUUAGCCUUGGGUAAAGAAUUGAAAUGUGAUGAAUAUUUUAUUAUUCAUUUUUCUUCAGUAAAUAAAACUGGAACAAAAUACAAGAUCAAAAACAUAAAACAGGUGUUUGUAAAAUGUAUAAAUGAAGGGAAGGCUACAAUAAGAUUUGAGGAUCCACCUCAUGACUUGUGUAUCAAAUGUGAAGCAAUACAGCUAAAAUGUUUCAUACGGCUAUUAAAAUCAUGCAUUACUGGUGACACCAAAAAUAUACAGUUGUCUUCAUUGUCCAAUAUAAGUGUUACUUCUAAAGACAAUGCUCCUACUAAGUUAGUAAUACAUGACAGAGGUGAAUUUCCUUCAAAAGGAUUUCCUCGGACAUUACAAAGUCUUCAAAUUUCUGGUUUGAAGUUAUGCAACUUCCGGAGAGAUAUUUUAUUACUUAGACAACUUGUUGUACUUGAUUUGAGCAACAAUGAAAUAGAAAAGAUACCUCCUGAAUUUGGGAGAAUGCCUACACUAUGUGAAUUGAAUUUAUCCAACAACCAACUUGGAUCAAAAGGAGAGAUUGACUGGAGAUGGUUAUUGGGACCACAACUCAGCAACAUGUUAAAGCUCCUAGACCUGUCCGGAAACAAGCUUAAAGAGUUGCCAAAAUCCAUUUGGAAACUGCAUAAAAUGGUGACUUUAAAAUUGGAUGACAAUAUGUUAACAAAAUUGCCCUCAACUUUGGGACGCAUUAGUACACUCAGAUAUUUAACAAUCUCCAAGAACUCCCUGGGUUCUCUACCUUGCAGUUUGAUGCAGUGUCGCCUGGAGUAUAUUGAUCUCUCUGCAAACCAGUUUCAUCACAAAAAUGUCACUCCUCAAUGGAACAAGCACUCUCCUUGGGAAUAUUACAUCGGCAAUUUAGUGCAUCUGUCUUCUAAAGUUGUGUUAAAGAAUAAAAUAUUUUAUGCUCCAAAUAUAAUUCCUUGGACCUUAGUACAGUUUCUAGACAAUUCAAAUAUGUGUGUCUGUGGAACUCCUGUUGUCAAUGAUAUGUUUUACAUAAAUAAGAAAUAUGAGCUCAAAGAUUUUUUCAGAGUUGUAGUGUUUGAUAACAAUCUAAGCAGUACAGUUGAUUUUGAAUGUUAUUUUUGUUCUCCUCAAUGUUUUAAUAGAUAGUAUAAUAAGUGUAUUAUGUGUUUCUGCCUAAUUAUAUAUAAUAACUUUAUUUAAAUAGACUGAUUAUAUGUAAAUGAAUUUGCAAAUAAAACAAGUUAUAAAAUAUAAA